ACAGUGCAACGUUUUGCUUAAUGAUUCAUAAUGAUAUAAAUCAUAGCCUAUUUCAAAUAACUAAAUUAUGUAUUAGGGGAACAGUGCUUGUUGUUACUCCGAUUGUAGAUAACAAAAGUUUUAUCACUCUGUCGACACCUCUUGUUUACUGACCUGCGUGCCGCUAUAAGGGUAACCUUGGCAGCGACCGGCGCACUCCAACGGCGAGUUUGAAUUCGAUGGGGGGAGCAGGAUAGUCAUGAAACGGUACGGACUAUCUUCAAAGCAUCCGAUGUACCGGAAAGCUUGUGCAAAGAGAACAAUGGCUUCCAAUGAGCAAAAAAAGCUUCAGCGAGUGAAGCCCAAGACGUACUUCUUCUGUCAGCUGUACAAUACCGAACAUGCAAGGAAGAAGCUGGAAGGGCUUGUAUUGGCAGGACGGAACCCUGCAACCAAAGUUGUGACUGGGGAGAUGGAAGACUCCAGAGACACACAAGGUGAAGACCCCUCUACAGUGACAUCCCUUGAGCCAGGACAGCUUUCAGUGUCAGAUGUGAUGUCCUGUAACUAUUGCAAUACAGUGUUCUAUAACAGGAUUGAACAGAAGAGACACUAUCGGUCAGACUGGCACAGGUACAAUCUCAAACAGCGGCUGCUAGGACGGGAUGGGGUUUCUGAGCAGAAAUUUGAUGACAUUUCUGGAAAUAUUUCCAGUCUGUCAGGCUCAGACAGUGAAAAUGACGAAAGUUCCGAUUCAGAGUCUAAAAAUAAAACACUACCGGGAAAGCCACUGCAUGGUUCCCCUCGCAGACGGUUCCAGGCUGCUAACAAUAGUAGCACUGAUAGUGAGAGUGAGGCUUGGAGCCAGUCUGAUGACAUCGCCCGCAGACUGCCCAAGGUGUUCUUCAAGAACAAGGAAGGGGAGCUGUUGUCGUUGUAUAGAUGUGUCCUGUGUAACAAGAAGAAUUACCCAGCUAACUCUGAUGACUUGGUUUCCAUGGCAACUGAGUUGCCUGGUCAGAUGACCUGGGCUGUGUUCAUGGCUGGUGGAGGACACUUUGCUGGGGCAAUAUUCAAGAAGAAUGAGAUGGUGUUACACAAGACAUUUCACCGAUACGUAGUGCGAGCCAAGAGGGGUACAGCACAGAGCAGUAGGGAUAGUCAGGGGAAUGCACCCAAAUCUGCUGGCGCCUCACUUCGCAGGUACAACGAGGCAGCCCUCACACAGGAAAUACAAGACCUGAUAUCAUCUUGGGGCGACCAACUACAGCAGUGUAAUCGUAUCUUUCUGCGUGCCCCGAGUUUCAAUCGUAAGAUUUUCUUUUCUGGGAAAAACCCGCCCCUGGAUAAGGCUGAUAAAAGGGUACGCCUGGUCCCGUUCAUGACCCGACGUCCUACCCACAACGAGGUGCGACGAGUGUUUGAGCUGUUGGCAUCUAUUGAAUGUUAUGGUAUUGAGUCAGAGCUACUGGAUGGGGUUCCCAUCUCUCCCCCAAAUACCUUCAACCCUGUGACUGGAGCCUUAGAACCAACAGACGAGGACCAGCUGUCACUACGGCAACGCAAGAUCAUCAACAAGAAGCUUGGUACCAGUCCCCUAGUGACACCGACAGAAGAAGCGUCAGGUGAUACGGAUGUGUCUAGAAUCACAUCUGAACACAAGAAGGGGGAGGUCAUGUCCUCUGAUUCGUCUUCUGCCAGCGAUACAGAGCUCGUGGAAACCAUGGCAACAAUCAACUUCAUGGAGUUGAAAGAAUAUGCCUUUACAAAGAAGCCAAAGCGGAAGAAGAGGAGAGGGCAGCUGAGGACACAGCCUGUGAAAGGACAAAAUGAACCUGAGUCCAACAUCAUGGAGGAAGAGAAGUUUCAUCUUCGUAACGGUCUGUUCACUGCAUGCAAAACGGGGGACAAAGACUCCCUGAAAAGAAUCCUUGCUGUAAUAUUCACCAGCAGAACAGAGGGCUGCAAAAAUCCAGUAACAGAAAACGAGAUAGAAAAUAAUGAAAGUGGUGUUACUGCUAAAAAAGACAACGCUGAUACAGAGGAUCUUACAUUUCCAACUGUACUUGCAAAUAAAAAAGAAGUAUUGUGCAAAGAAAGUGAUAACUUGUGUAAAGAUAAAAGUGAUAAAAUUGAAGAAAAUGGCCAUUUUACUUCUGAGAGGGAUUGCUUGUCAAAAGACCAAGGUGAUAUGACAGAAAGCUUAAAUUCAGGAGAAAAUGAGUUUGGUUGGGAUGUAAAUAAUGCUUCUUACAUUACUGACAACAUUAAAAGUGAUGAUAACAAUGAAAAUAUCCCUGACCUAGUCGACACAGAAAAUGGACUUAAAACAAGAAAUGAUAAUAUGCACAAUUCUGAACAUUCCUUGGAAGAUAUGGGUAUGAGCUUGAAUGUUCAAAAACCUUCUCAACAAUUGGUCUUAACAAGCCAAGAAGUUGCAACCAAUAAGCCUUCAAAAGCUGUAAACGAAAGCCACAAAAGCGAGCCGACUGGGUAUGAUUUGUCAUCAGUGUUUGUAGGUCCGGAUCUUCUCAAUGAGCCCAUAGGUGACCAAAGGACCACCCUGUUACAAGUGGCAGCGAGGGAGGGACAUCUGACCGUUGUGGGGAUGCUGUUGGAUGCGGGAGCUGAUCCGGCCCUCAGGGACAGCAAGGGUCACACUGCUUACAUGGACUCCAAGGACAAGGCGACCAGGAAUGAGUUCCGCCGCUACAGGGCCAGCCAUCCAAAUCGCUAUGACUACACUGCCGCACAGAUUCCAGAACCUUUGUCCGAAGAAAAAGAGGCGGAAAGGAAGAAGAAAGAUCAAGAAAGGAAGAAGGCACAGAAGAAGGCAAAGCAAGAGCAGCAGAAGUUGAAGAAGGAAGAAGAGGAGAAACAGAGGGCAGAGGAAAGAGAGAAGCAGAGAUUCCUGAAUCUGUCUGACAGAGAAAAGCGUGCGUUGUCUGCAGAGAAGCGACUCGUGUCACAGUACACCAACCAAAGGGCAGAUAAGCCUGUACUCAGCCGGUGUUUCCUGUGCGGUGCGGACAUGACGGGCAAGGUUCCUUUCGAGUACAACCAAAACAAGUUCUGUACCUCCAAGUGUCUACAGGCUCAUAGGAAGUCUACUCUGAAAAGUACUUGACCUACCAGUGUGUCCACCGUGGAGAAAAUCGGUUCCUGCAAUGAGAAAUAACAUGACUCGCAUCAUGCGAAAAUGCAUCUUAUGACAGAUGCGGCCAGCACAGCUCAAGACCAGCCUGGGCAGUCACUUUGUCUGGUCAUGCGACAGCGUUGAUGUGUUGCCUUAUGAGACCACAAAUCCUUGCAUGACUUAAAAGUGGAAUGCAUAGUUCCUUCCCAGACUGGUCAGAUGAGCAAGCUGGGCUGGAGCUAUGCCUGAUGAAGCUCAUAUUUGAAAAAAAUAACAGCAAAUGCAAGAUUGUGUACACUGACCUGUUCACAUCAGUGGCAUUUGGUAUUUAAAUUAAAACGUCAACAGUAAAAAGGUAGAAAAAAAAACAGAUAAAUUAAACAAAGACAGAAAUCUACCAAGAUGUAUUUCAUUGAAACAAUAGUGGUUUAAUCAUAGCGAUUUUCUAUCUGGUGUUAAGUGUGAUUUUAUGAUGCUUUUCAUGUAUCACUGAAGAUAGAAACUAAUGUUACCUACAGUAUGCAGUUCUAAGCUGUUGCAGAUUCAUGAUUGAUCCUAUCUUGUAAACAUCCAAAUGUUUGUCCCGAUAAUUGUGCAUCAGCAUUUCUGAUUUUCAUGAUGAAAAUGUUGGAUCAAUUUAAGUUAUACUUAUGAUAUUUAUGCACCCAAAUUAAAUGGAUUUAAAGCCUUA